GGAAGUGGAAGUGUGAGAGGCCGGGCCAACUUGCUUCUGGGUAGCGGUACUCUUCUCUGGGGCGAUACUCCCAGACCGGUCAUGAACGGACCAGCGGACGGCGAAGUGGACUACAAAAAAAAAUACAGGAAUCUGAAGCGGAAGCUCAAGUUCCUCAUUUAUGAACAUGAGUGCUUCCAGGAGGAGCUCAGGAAGGCGCAGAGGAAAUUGCUGAAAGUUUCCCGGGACAAGAGUUUCCUUCUAGAUCGACUUCUGCAGUACGAGAACGUGGACGAAGAUUCUUCCGAUUCAGAUGCCACUGCAUCUUCAGACAACAGUGAGACAGAAGGGACACCCAAGUUGUCUGACACACCAGCCCCCAAGAGGAAGAGAAGCCCUCCGAUGGGGGGUGCCCCAUCCCCUUCCAGCCUCUCCUUGCCUCCUUCAACAGGAUUUCCUCUGCAGACCUCUGGGGCCCCCUCCCCAUACCUGAGCUCGCUGCCUGAGCCCAGCCCCCUGAGGCCCAAGCUGGAGAAACGGUCCCGACUACCCCGGAAACUCAAGAUGGCUGUAGGACCCCCUGACUGCCCUGUGGGUGGGCCACUGGCCUUCCCUGCCAGGGGUUCUGGGGCCAGUGUUGGGGCGGCCCUGACCCCCCUGCCUCCUCCCAAGAUGCCCCCACACACGAUCCUGAGCACCGUCCCUCAGCAGAUGUUCAGCGAUGCAGGCAGCGGGGAUGAUGCCCUGGAUGGAGACGACGACCUGGUAAUUGACAUCCCAGAGUAGCCACCCAGUGCUGCUUGCCAGGCCCCCGCACAGUGCUCCUCCCACGCCAGCACACCUGAGCCCACUUCUCAAGAGAUGUUUAUUGAUGCCCAGUUGCCAUGCUUCGGCCACUGACACAAUCAGAAAAGGCGUAAACAUGCACAAAUGUCCCCGAGGAAGGUGGCAGGGCCCCUGCCCUCACAUCCCAGCCCCAUCCAGGGGACAGUUAUCUGCCCCAUCUUAGGGAGGCAGAGACCCAGUGGAGGCUGCCCCUUUACAAGAGCAGCCGAGCAGGGCUGGGACUUUUUAACAAAGGCUCUGUAUUAAAGGUUGGCUCUUUCUUUACUUGUCCUUUCCUCUUUUGGAAAUGUCCUCCUCUAAUCUCCCCUAAUCCGACCUCCUCCCUGUGAAGCAGGGGGCCAGGCAGCCUGGAGAGGCCAAGAGAGGAGUAGCAAGGUGGGGUAGGGGCACUGGCAGGAGACUCCCGUGUGGCCCUGUGCAUGGGGUGGUUGCAUAUUUGCAGGUAACAGCAAGUCAGGCAGGAAAAAGUUUGCAUAUGUGAAUAUAGCUCUCCACAGUCCCUCACAAGAAGACAGACCCACGGUCACAGAGACUCACAAAAAUAAGACAGGUAGUGUGAGGCAGGGGGCAUCCCACCCCAUGUAAACGUGCAACACACUCGUGCGAAGGUUGGGUACUGGACCCGGCCCAAAGGGCCUGUGCUGGGCAGCUGCUGUCUGCUUAGGCCAAAGGGAAAGCCCCUGCCGCUGGGGGCAGCUCGCUGGUCAGGGUGUGCCAGCGCUCCAGGGCUGUGUCUGGCUGAUGGAGACAGUCACUCCAGUGCUUCUGUGCCUCUCCCCUGGCUCCUGGCCCCAGAGACACACCACCUGAAGAACAGCCAAGGCAUGCUCACCCAGUCAGUGCCCAUUCUCCUAUGCCACCUCCCCCUCAGCACCCUGGUGGGCUCCUCCACUCACCUAUGAAGUCAUUGGAUUUGCCAAUGUCAUAGUCCCAGACUGUGACUUCCAGGGUCUUGGUGGCCAGAGUGGAGAGUUCCAUCUCAUAGAAGAAUUCCUGAAAACAAGGCAGAGAUGCUUUCUGUUGGGCCUUCUGAUCACAUCGCUGUCCCCAGCCCAUCUUUAUUUCUGCUCCCUGUCUUGUUUACCUCAUUAAAUUCUGGGUUUAACGUCUUCUUCUUUA